AUGGCUGCCAAUGGUGCUCAAGGGUUUGUAACCACUGCUGCAAUGCUUCCUGCGGGCUACAUUUGCCCCCCUGGUGCAAAUGUUGUAGCCCCCACUGCUGGUAUACCUGCUGAGCCUGCUCUACCUCCUGUUCCUCCUAUUGCUCCUUCUGCAUCUGCUAAGGUGGUUGUUCCACCAUCUAGGCCUGCUAUGAGGUGGACAAAUAACACCUCUGGAUUUGUGCUGAGGAGGCUAUGUAACCUAAUAGAGAGUGGUGCUAGGGCUGAUAAGGGGUUUAAGGAGAAGGAUGUAAACCAGGUGGCUAAGCUCCUUAUGGAAUACACUGGGGAGGAGGUCACUCCAACCCAAGUGUACAACCAAUUAAGGAAGUGGAGGCAGAGGUGGGGUAGGAUCUCUAAGCUUAGAGACCUUAGUGGUGCCCUUUUUGAUGAUGAGGUGAAGGCAAUCAUGCUGGACCCUGAGCAUUACCAAGGCCACAUCAAGGACCACCCAAAAGAUGUUGGGCUCCUCAACACCCCUAUCAGAUUCUAUGAGGAGAUGCAGACCAUCUUUGCCACUAGAAUGGCUAUUGGUAGAUUUGUUGGGGAGAGUAGCAAGACUGAGCUGUUGACUUCUGAUGGUGGGAGGAAGAAGAAGAGGCCAUGUUUCACUGAGGAGGAGGUGCUGGUCAUGACAAACAUGACUGAUGCGGUGAACAAUGUAGCAAAUGCCUUAAGAGAGACUGGACCUGCUUUCAUUGAUGGUGACCUCUACCAUGCUGUCAUGGACACUCCACGGUUCUCUGAAGAAGCCCUGAUUGUUGCCUUCUCUGACCUCCACGACAACAAGGCACAUGCCACUGCUUAUGUGAACAUGGUGGAUAGUCAUAGGAUGGAUAUGCAGCAGAACAAAGGUGGUAUGGCAGCACAGGCUGCUACCAUGGUUGUUGUAAUGGCUUCUAUUGACUGCAUAGGUGCCAUUGAUGGUACCCAUGUGCUAGCAAGGGUGCCCAGGCACAUGCAAGGGCCCUUUAUGGGUAGGAAAAGCAGUUGCACACAGAAUGUGAUGGAGGCUGUUGAUUUUGACCUGAAAUUCACUUAUGUCCUAGCUGGGUGGGAGGGAUCAGCUCAUGAUGCAUUAAUCCUUGCUGAUGCCCUUGAAAGGGAUGGGGGUCUCAGUGUGCCUGAAGAGAAAUUCUAUCUUGUGGAUGCUGGUUACGCUUGCAGACCAGGCUUCAUGCCUCCAUUCAGAGGUGUAAGGUAUCACCUAUCGGAGUAUUACCCGUAG